AGGAGCCGCGGGUUGCAGUCGUUAACCCUUCCCACGCCCCGGCAUAAGGGCGGGCUACGGGGCCACAGGAACAGAGGGCGCUGGCGGCGGGCCUAUAAAGCUCAACAACCAGCUUCGAUCCCUGCCAGUGGAGACACAAGGAUCCAUCGCGCAGCCACCAAGAUGUCCAUCACCAAGAUCUUCGCCCGCAGCAUCUUUGACUCCCGUGGUAACCCCACUGUGGAAGUCGACCUUUACACCCAGAAGGGUCUUUUCCGUGCUGCUGUGCCCUCUGGGGCCUCCACUGGUGUUCAUGAGGCCCUGGAGAUGCGUGAUGGAGACAAGUCCAAGUACCAUGGAAAGUCUGUCUUCAACGCAGUCAAGAAUGUUAACGACACUAUCGCUCCUGAGAUCAUCAAAAGUGGCCUGAAAGUGACUCAACAGAAGGAGUGUGACGAUUUCAUGUGCAAAUUGGACGGCACUGAGAACAAGAGCCGUUUUGGUGCCAAUGCCAUUCUUGGUGUCUCCCUGGCCAUCUGUAAGGCAGGUGCUGCUGAGCUUGGAAUUCCUCUUUACAGACACAUUGCCAACCUUGCCAAUUAUAGUGAAGUGAUUCUGCCUGUACCUGCAUUCAAUGUCAUCAAUGGUGGGUCCCAUGCUGGCAACAAGUUGGCUAUGCAAGAGUUCAUGAUCCUGCCCACUGGUGCCAGCAGCUUUACUGAAGCCAUGCGCAUGGGCAGUGAGGUGUACCACCACCUGAAGGCUGUCAUUAAGGGACGCUUUGGCCUUGAUGCUACUGCUGUGGGUGAUGAGGGUGGCUUUGCUCCCAACAUUCUGAAUAACAAGGAUGCUCUUGAUCUUAUCCAAGAAGCCAUCAAGAAAGCUGGCUACACAGGCAAGAUUGAAAUCGGAAUGGAUGUGGCUGCCUCUGAAUUUUACAAGGGCAACAAUGUCUAUGACCUUGACUUUAAGACUGCUAAUAAUGAUGGUUCCCAGAAGAUCUCUGGUGACCAGCUCAGGGAUUUGUACAUGGAAUUCUGCAAGGACUUCCCCAUUGUUUCUAUUGAGGAUCCAUUUGACCAAGAUGACUGGGAGAACUGGACCAAGAUGACCUCCAGCACCAACAUUCAAAUUGUGGGUGAUGACCUAACUGUGACCAACCCCAAGCGCAUUACCACUGCUGUUGAGAAGAAGGCCUGUAAUUGUCUCCUGCUGAAAGUGAAUCAGAUUGGUUCAGUUACAGAGUCCAUUGAUGCUCACCUGCUGGCUAAGAAGAAUGGCUGGGGCACCAUGGUCUCUCACAGGUCUGGUGAGACUGAGGAUUGCUUCAUUGCUGACUUGGUGGUGGGCUUGUGCACGGGACAGAUCAAGACUGGUGCACCAUGCCGCUCUGAGCGUCUUGCCAAAUAUAAUCAGAUUCUCCGAAUUGAAGAAGAACUUGGUGCUGGUGCCAAGUUUGCUGGCAAGAACUUCAGGAAGCCUUGCUAAGUUAUAAAGCUGCUUCAGUAAUUGUUCCAGCCCACUGACUUGGACAUGGUUAGGUUUUGUUCCUUGUUUAAAUGUAUGUGGAAAAAAUAAAGAUGUUAGGGCUUGUUAGGAGAGGAAUCUGAUGUAUUAGCAAUCUGUGCUGUCUCACUAUACUGCCAGACUUGUUUUUAUUCCAGAAUAUGAGCAUAGGAUAUAUUAUGUUGUGCGGAUGAAAUUAGUGUGUAAUGUUUCCUUUAAUUUUUAUGGUGAUGAAUUUCUUAACUAGUCAUGUAAUUUGUCCUAAGAUCCGGUUGUUGUCAUAAUUUAUAGUCACCAAACAUGUUGAAAAAAUAUCCUUAUGUAUAUAAGAGGGAAAAUUGAUAAAAAUUUGAGUAUGGUUGAAUAGAGAUAUUUUAUUCCCUAGUUUCUCACCUUAAGAAGUUGAACAUUUGCUUGAUUGAAUGGAACACAAAUUCACAUUUACUUCAGUGAAUUGCAGCCUGUUGUUCAAUGUUUGCAAUGUUUAUUCUGGUGCUUGUUACUAAGAGAAAGGACUGUACUCCAGGGCCUGCCACAAAAAUUACAAGUUCAUGCACUCAUGCCAUUCUAUGCAUAAAAUUUGAAGUGGCCAUAGUAAUCUGAUUAGCCUUAAUUUAUUCUUGAAAUGAUUUGAUAGCUUUAAAAAUAAUGAUGCUAGUUAACUCUUGGAUCAUGUAUUUGGAUGACAGGGUUGACCUAGAGUAGAAAGUUGUGUGUAGCUGGGCCAUGGGAGGGGUGAAAGCAUACAGUUAGGAAAUUCAGAGGAGAAUCAUGAGUUAUGAAUAAAUAUGGGAGUAUGUAUUCAGCUGAGUGUGCAGGUAACCUCUCUCCAGUUUUAAACCAAACAAGUCAAUAAACACUUGUCGUACCUUC